CUGGGGUCGAAUGCACGGAUCUAUUUACGCGUGCCCUAACUCGUCCUCGUCCUCGUCCUCGUCCUCGUCUCGUCUGCCCGCGGACUAUCGCAUUACUAUCAAUCAUUAUUACCAUGAGUGGCCGCGACUCCAGCAGGUCACACAUCCACAUGACAAACCCGCGCACUGCGCUCUUUUUCGAAACAUGGGCCAGCGACAACCUCCCCGACGACGAGAUCGCGAUCGCGCCCGAAUACGAGCCCAUCAACCCCGAGGACGAAGACGAUGUGGUUCCAGACCAGCACGCCGCGUUCGGCAUCCUGCUUGCUCAGCUUCGCAGGUAUAGACCGGCAGCUUAUACAAGUGCUUUACAUCAGGGAUCGAUCUCUGCUGCGAGCGCUGCGAGUGCGGCGGCUGCUAUUGCAGCUGCAAGUCCGGGCACGCUGCCAAUGUCGUUUCUGAACGCGUCCGCUUGGAAAGAUCUUGAUCUGCAGGAUCUGAUGAAUCAGGGACCCAACAGCGGCCCCGAAGACGAGCAACCCAUACCUAGCAAAAUCAAUGCCAGUGCUCCGUUUGCGAGAAUAAGCUCGGUGGGCGAAUUUUACCACGAGCGGAGGGAAGAUAUGGGCGCGGCGCGCAGAGCACCGACGAUGAUUGCAAUGGGACCAAGAGCCACCGGUCGCCGAGGCGGUCUCGACAUGGACGAUGAGGAUAAUAGCAUUAGCCAAGGGUCUACCGCAGCGUACCAGAGACAUUCGCGGACAAGUGCGAGGGCUCCUAGGUGACAAUAGGUUCUGUUUGUACUUUGCUGUUUGCAUGGGUUGGCGUUUCGGGCACUUGGUUAUUAAUCUAUGUUGUAUGGUUCUGUGGUUUUUAUAUACAUUAAAUAGAAUA